AUGAUGCAGCACUAUCCCAACCAAGAUCAUUACGAGAGGGAGCCUCUCGAUCCCGCCUACGACAAUCGCUACGACACACCCACUCGGCGACCGGCCUACAACGAAUACACGCAGUCUUCGCCCUAUUACGACGAUUCCCCCCAGCGCAGAGCAGAGCCGUACACGCCUCAUUACGAGCAAAGUCGCUACGAUAACAUGCCCGGGAUAGAAGACGGACCGCCGCCGCCUCCUCCCCACGCUAACCUUCACUCGAGUAACAGCUCCGCGAGCCGCCACCAAGCCGACGACUACCGUGGCGGCGCUCCCAACAUUACACCAGGUGCCGACAACUUUGGUCCCGCGGCCGCUGGUGGCAUCCCUGGCAUUGCUCACAACGUGGCGGACCGCAACCCCAGGGAGAGCGGCAUGGACUCUCUUCGCAGUACAGGCCAAGUCCUGCCCCCCCCUUCGCGCGCGCAGUAUCAAAACAGCGGCCGAAGCAACUCGUCGCCCCGCCACAGCGUACACAGCGGCCCAUACGUAGGAGGUCACGCCAUUGAUGGCGACUCUCGCUCCAGCGUUAACCCUUUUGGUACUGUUGCCUCCUCUGUUGGCUCCAGGUCGCCAUCCAGAAGCCCGCACGUCUCGGGUGAACCGUACGGUAGCACCGAGGACGUCUACUACAACUACUCGGCCACGCCCCGACGGGAUGGCCACUCUCUAGGCGUGGUUGAUCCCAUGUCAAUUGAAGACGACGGCGAUGACGGCCUUCACUAUGGGCCUCGUAGCCACAGGAAUUCUGGCAAUAGCAGCAACAAGCGCGGUGCGGUCGCUGCUAUCGGUGCAGCGGCCGGUGGCGCAACAGCCGUAACAGGCGAGCAUGACACUCGCGGCUAUUAUGAACCCCCCAAGCGCGAACGAUCGUCAGAUUGGCUCGAGAAGAAGCAAGGCCGCUCUAAAAGAUGGAAGUGGGCCAUUAUCGUCCUCAUCUUCCUCGUUAUUGCCGGAGCCAUCGUCGGUGGUGUCGUGGGAACUAUUGUCACGGGGAGAAAGGACGACAACAAAAAGAGCCCAAGCGACGACAACAAAGGCGACCUUAGCAUCAGCAGCGACGAGAUUAAAAAGCUGCUCAACAACCCUAACCUGCACAAGGUGUUCCCCGGCAUGGACUAUACCCCGAUUAACGUCCAGUAUCCCGCCUGCGUUGACAACCCACCCUCGCAGAACAAUGUCACCCGCGACGUCGCCGUCCUCAGUCAACUAACCAACAAAAUUCGCCUCUACGGAACUGACUGCAACCAGACGCAAAUGGUACUCCACGCUAUUGACAAGCUCGACAUGAAGAAAGACCUGAAGGUCUGGCUUGGCGUCUGGCAAGACGGAAACAGCACCACCAACGAACGCCAACUGUCGCAAAUGUGGGACAUCUUUGACCAGUACGGUGGCGAUCAGUUUGAGGGCGUUAUUGUCGCCAACGAAAUCUUGUUCCGCAAGGAAAUGACCAUUACCAAACUGUCGUCAAUUCUGACUGAUGUACGCAGCAACCUGACUAAGCGAGGCAUCGACCUGCCUGUUGCUACCUCUGAUCUUGGCGAUGACUGGACCGCUGAGCUCGGCAAGGAUUCGGAUCUCAUCAUGGCCAAUAUUCAUCCCUUCUUUAGCGGCACACCCGCAGACGAAGCGGCAGCUUGGACGUAUGGCUUUUGGCAAGAUCAUAACUCGGCCUUUUGGAAGACGGACAAGCAGAAAAACAUUAUUUCCGAGACGGGCUGGCCCUCUGCUGGCGGGUCCAAAUGCCCUGACGGAGUGAAGGACUGCAAAACCCCCGCGAAAGCCGGCAUCGAUGAGAUGAAUCGCUUCAUGGACGACUGGGUGUGCCAAGCCCUCAGCAACGGCACCAAUUAUUUCUGGUUCGAGGCCUUUGACGAGCCCUGGAAGGUCCGCUUCAACACGGGCAACGAGAACUGGGAAGACAAGUGGGGCCUGCUCGAUGUCAACCGAAACCUGAAAAACGGUAUCAAAAUUCCCGACUGCGGAGGCAAAACAGCACCUUGA